AACAUUGCUAAGACACAUCGUACGACUCUUUUAUCUCUCUGUAGUAGUCCAUAUAUAUACUAUAUUGAGAAGGUUCAUAUUCAUAUACGUCCCUCUCUCUCUUCUCUUGGUCUCGUUAAGCUUCUUGACGUGGAGAUAUUUAUAUUUGUGUUGUUUCCAAACAUUAGGUUAGGCAUGAAUUGGUUAUUACCUGAGGAAGGUCUCUCGGAUGAUCUUUUUGGUGACUUAUUCAACUCUGUCGAACUUUCACUUCAAGACAUUGACGAUGAUGAUACCACCAAUGGUGAAGUAGAAGAUUGGGAAGCCAAAUUUCAACACCUCGAACCUCCUCCCAUGGAUGUCUUUACGAGUUUUCCCACUGAGUUCACCUCCUCUUGUCGCGUUAACAAGCUCGGCCGUGUGGGGACAGUACCUGUUUUGAAACAGUCCGGUGCUUGUGCAGCCUUGUCUGGCACCAGUCCCCACAAGUUUUCAUCACCUGCUGAUGAUAUCAAAGUUUCAAAGAUGUUUCAAUCCUUAAGCCCAGUGUCAGUUUUUGAGAGCAGCGAUGCUUCUUUCUCGCCACAUAACUCAAGAUCUCAGAGACUGACUUCCCCUGUGAAAGGCAUGAGAAGCAAGCGCAAACGCCCCACAACAGUGAGAUUCAAAUACCUUCACCAGUUUGAUGAAGCCAGUAAGCCUGAGAUGUUAGCUCCUGGCGAAUCAGGACUCAGGACUUACUAUGCUUUUGAACAACAUGCCAAGAAGAAACACAAGAUUUCAUCCAAAGUGGCAAGAAAAUGCACUCACUGUGAGACAACCGAGACUCCGCAGUGGAGGGAAGGACCCAGUGGACCAAAGACACUCUGCAACGCAUGCGGUGUCAGGUUCAGAUCAGGCCGUCUAGUUCCAGAGUACAGACCAGCCUCGAGCCCCACCUUCGUCCCAUCUGUGCAUUCAAACUCACACAGGAAGAUCAUAGAGAUGAGGAGGAAGGAAGGUGGUCAGUUCCACACCAGCAUGAUUCAUGGAGUGAUAUCAAGAGCAUAA